AUGCAUUUCACUCCUCCGAUCCUCCUUGGUCUUGCCACCUCAUCACACGCUGUCCCGGUUCCCAGCUUGUUCGGAGACCUCAUCACUUCUAUCAUCGGUGGUGUUGAGAAUGCCGUCACUACUGUCACCUCCGCAGUCACUUCACCAGACAGGUUGGCAUCUGCAGUCGCCAAACUUGGCGUGACUCUCCAGACCAACGCCGCAAGCCAUGGAAGCAUUUUCAGCUGCAAUCAAAUCGCGUUUGGCCAAGUCGACAGCUUGAUCAACAAGAUCGCACACUCCAUCACCUGGCCAAAGCAAAAGAAGAACUUCGUCAAUUGGAAGACCUACAAAGCCAAUGGUGUCAACUUCGGUGCAUGGCUCGAGCAGGAAAACAAUUACGAUCUUGACUGGUGGGCAGCCAAUAUCGGCCCAAACUAUCCAGAUGAAUGGACUUGGUGUGGUGCCGUUGGCUUCAAGGUCUGCGGACCUAAGCUUGAUGCUCGCUAUGCUUCCUUCAUCACCAAAGCAGACAUCGACAAGCUAGGCAAACUUGGCAUCAACACUCUUCGCAUCCCAACCACCUACGCGGCAUGGGUGAAGGUGCCAGGAAGCCAGCUCUACACUGGCUCCCAGCAAGCCCACUUGCGAGCGAUCACGAAUUACGCGAUCGACACUUACAAUAUGCACAUCAUCAUCGGCCUGCACUCUCUCCCCGGCGGUGUCAACACGCUCGGAAUCGGCGAGGCUUUUGGGCGUAGCGCCUGGUUCUUCAACGCCACGAACCUCGACUACUCCUUCCGCGCCAUUGACUCCAUUCUCUCCUUCAUUUCCACAUCUGGCCGCACAUAUGCCUUCACAAUCGCACCCAUCAACGAGCCAUCAGACAACUUCGCCGGCUUCGCAACACCUUCUGGUCUCACCACUAACGGCACGAACUGGAUCAACACUUACAUGCAAGGUGUCCUCUCCCGCAUCGCGAAGGUCGACAAGCGCAUCCCACUCAUGCUGCAGGAUGCUUUUUUCUCGGAAGAAUACUGGUCACCGUUCUACCCAGCCAACACAAACCUCGUCAUCGACAGCCACAUCUACUUCUUCGCCGCCGCAGGAGCUUACUCGCAAUACGUCGCUCCAGCGGUCUGCGGACAGGCCAAGUACAUUGGACAAGGAGAUGGCAAAUUUCCGGUCUUCAUCGGCGAGUGGAGUCUGCAGACACUCUACAACAACACUUUGAGCUAUAGGAAGACGCUGUAUGAUACUCAGGUGUACGCUUACCAGGAGUAUGCGAGUGGAAGUGCUUUCUGGAACUAUAAGAUGUUGAAUGAUCAGGAUGCUGUGGAUGGUGAGGGCAUGUUGCAGGAUUACUGGAGCUGGAGUCGUUUGGCUGAUGCUGGUAUCCCCAGUGCGAAGGGUGUUAAUGGGAGCUGCUGCUAG